AUGACUGAUUGCAACGGCAAGGAGCCACCGCCCACAUUAGAUGAACGCACUCUGCAGAAUAUGCGAAUUGCAAAGAAGAUUGGUGCGGAAACGUUUGAAGAGAACACAGCCAUUUUACGGCGCAUGGCAUGGCGUGGGGCACGUGCCUUCAUCGUCUGUGGCGUUGGCAUGGCUGCCUUUGGAUACGCGAUGCGGCGGCGGCGGCAACAGCAGCUUCAACAAGAGGGGCUGCGGGAACGGGAACGACUUGAAGAUGAUCCGACGGCGCGGUAUCUUGAGGAGAUGCGGGGACUAGGGUUUGAUGUAGACACUCUUGAGGAGGAGUUGGAGGCGGAGCGCAGGACAGUAAAAGCAAGGUGA